AUUGUAGUAGUUUUAUUUUGCUGCUGUCAUUUAGUGACGGUUCUUUAUACUGUCUGAAUGCUGAGAGGAUGAUGAAGAGACAGGAAGAGGGUGAGAUUAAACUGCAGACAUUGAGGAAAUAGCAUUGCUCUGACUGAAGCUGUGUCCUUGUUAAAGACUUCUUUUAAAGCAUAAAAGAGGAGCAGCAUUGGCUUCCAUGAACCAGGACUGUUAAAGCAUCUCAGGACCAGAUGACCUAAUAACAGAUAAUGGAUUUCAACAGAAGUAACUGAAGAGCACCCAUUCUCUGUUCUUGUGUUGUUACUGAUUUUUCAGAGCAUCCUCAGUAUGACAGAUGUCGAUUUGCUCUGUACAGAUGCAAACAACUUAAUGACUUCAUUGGGUCCGAUUUGAUUGGCCCGUUUGUUUAAAAGGGCUCUACUGCGCCUCCAGUGGUUAAUCCUUCAUUACAACUUGUGGUGUGCGGGCGGGAGCGCGGCAGCUCACUCUCCUCCUCACCUGCUGGAGUGAAGCAUCACCUCGGCUCCAACUCCCCGAUUCCUGCACCGUAUGAUGGACGGACGAAAGAAGGCAUGAAAACAAACAAGAUUAUGCGUUUGAUAUAAUCCACUUCUCCAUCAUCUCUCUCUCUCUGAGGUGAUGAGUUCAGCAAUCAGUCGUCCAUCUGGUCUUCAGCUUCUCUGGAUCUCACAGAGCCCUCCAUGAGACAUGGUGCUACCUGAAAAAACCUCCAGACCCUCUGCUGCCAAGAAGGUCCCCAAGCAGCGCCCCAUGCAGCACCAGAGCCUGCCCUCCCCGGCCCUGUGCUGCGCCUGCGGCCUGUGCAUCAUGCUGGCUGGCAUCAAUAUCACCCUGGUGGGAGCCUUCGCCUUUGGCACCUUUAUCCCGACCGGCAACCCCCCCAUCAUCAUCGGGCCUCUUCUUUUAUUGGUAGCUCUGGCUUUCUUCACAGCGUGCUGCGUGGUCAGCAGGAGGCCCCCGGCCCACAUAGCUCGCAAGGCCAAAGGGGGCGAGAAGUGGGGGCUGAUGCGGAUGGGGGUGGCAGCGUUUGAGAUGGAGACCAGCGAGCACACACUGCAGGAUACCACGGCUGUGCAGCUCAGCCCCACCAACUCCCCCAGCUCCUCUCACAAGUCCAGCUCCAGCCACGGGAGUGAUGCCGCUCCGGCUGACUGUCAGGAAGGAGCGAGUGAGCUGAUAUCAGAGUAACCCCACCUUGACCUCUGACAGCAGGGAGAGCACUCUCACACAGAUGCUGCCUGAUCAGGACACUUCCUCUACAUAGCAUGGAUGUUUCUCUCCAACCUGGCCGUUUACACACAUGCAAACACUGUUUGACAGGAUGGAAAUGUCUGAUAUGAUUGACAAGACUGAUUUAAAAUGAGACUUAACACAUGAGUGGCCAGCAGUUUCUGAAAUGUGUUGUGCAAAACCUCUCUGAUGAUGGCUUAUUCGUGUGUGUUACAGUAUGUUGAAUGUAUAUUUCUCAUUCCCAGGAUGUAUAUUACAGAACAAGGAACUGGAAGAAGAGAUGAUACUUUUAAUCCAAGUGCCUGUUUGUGUUCUUCUUGUUGUAUUAAACAUCCAGUUAGAGCAGAUUAUCCUGCAUUUAUGUCCUACUGUAUGGAUCAACUGUGGUUAGUGCUUGUCACCUUAUACAUGGGGAAGAAGACGACGAAUGUGUCCAGCCAAGCUUCACUGAGUCAUGGAAGCUGUUCCCUGUGUAAGCCUGGUAAAUCUCAGCCAGUUUUUUACUCACUUUGACAGAACUGCUAUUCUUUUUUUUUUUAAUGUGUAAAGCUGAGCUGUUGUAAGAUGGAUAUUUAAGAACAAAGUGUUUUACCUGUUGUGAAUUUCUUUGUCAUGUUGUGGUGCCAUGAUUAUUAUAGUUACUGCUGAUGUUAAUACAUCACAUUUUAUAAAUA